CCAGCCGGGGAGUUUUGUGAGGGAAGACGCGAGCCGGGCCGGCGGGGAGGCCGCCCUUGGAGAGCCCCGCCGAGGGGCGAGAACCGCAACCGGCGCGAGUCCAGCCACGAGCGCCGCCUGGGAGAGCCGUUGGGAGCCGCGGAGGAGGAGCCAGGGGGCGCUAGGGCCUGACGGGCGCCGAGACCUCCCGCCCCGCCCUUCGCAGGCCACGCCCCCCCACUGGCCACGCCCCUCUCCUGGGUUCCUGGGCCAAUCCCUCAGCUCCAGUGCUGCCUCCUCGGGGCUGCUUUUGUUCCACCCCGCAAUUGGGGCCCCAGCCUAGCAACCGCCUUGUCCUGCCUCCUGGAGGGGUGGUCUUUCCAGCUCCCUCUUCCCCUCCUCUGCCCUUUGGAGGUUCCUUGGCCCUGCCUCAUCUCCUCAACUGGUGUGCUCCAAAGCAAACCUGUGUGUGUGUGGGGCGGGGGUGUGUGCUUUCUUGUUCUUGGCCCGCCCACCCCUUUCCCCUGCCCCCCCCCGUGGAUGCCUGCCCCUCCUCAACGGCCAUCAUGGGCAAAGUGCUGUCCAAAAUCUUCGGCAACAAGGAGAUGCGGAUCUUGAUGCUGGGCCUGGACGCGGCGGGCAAGACCACCAUCUUGUACAAGCUCAAGCUGGGCCAGGCGGUCACCACCAUCCCCACCGUGGGCUUCAACGUAGAGACGGUGACCUACAAGAACGUCAAGUUCAACGUGUGGGACGUCGGGGGCCAGGACAAGAUCCGGCCGUUGUGGCGGCACUACUACACGGGCACCCAGGGCCUCAUCUUCGUGGUGGACUGCGCCGACAGGGACCGCAUCGACGAGGCCCGGCAGGAACUGCACCGCAUCAUCAACGACCGGGAGAUGCGGGACGCCAUCAUCCUCAUCUUCGCCAACAAGCAGGACCUCCCCGACGCCAUGAAGCCGCACGAGAUCCAAGAGAAACUGGGCCUGACUCGGAUCAGGGAUAGGAAUUGGUACGUUCAGCCGUCCUGCGCCACCUCGGGCGACGGACUCUACGAAGGGCUGACGUGGCUAACGUCUAACUAUAAAUCCUAAUGAUUGCUUAAACAAAACACUAUGGUUAGUCUUCGAGAGAGUUCAGAGGGGGGGGAAAUAAAUAACUGUGUGGCUUCACAGAAAAUAAUUCUUCAUACUAAAAUGUUCAAAAAAAAAUUAAGCAUCCGUAGGAUUAUGACGAUUGCUCACCUUUCCUCCAGUUACCACCCUCUUCUUCUGAGCACUUGACUGGAUCUCCAGUUUAAUACAAUUCUCGCUUGGUGUUAAGAUGCUGUAGUCUUCAACUGUGAAUGAACACAAGCACUAGUUUCUGUGGCAAACUUCCAGAAGGGAGAGAGGACACAGGUUAUACCCUUUUAUCCUCUCUUGAGAGAGCCCUUGUCCUGUUAGUUUGACUUAAGUUGUUUGAGUCCAGGGGCUGAGAUAUCACUUUUUUUUUUUUAAUAUGCGCUUUCUGAUUCUACUUCCCACCCUACCCUCCAUUAUCAUCGGCUGUAGAUUUGCUUCUUUUUGCAUCCUCGCAGAAUAUGUUGGUAGGUUUCUGUUAUCUAGUAAACUGCAAACCGUUGUUUGACGAACAAACUGCAUUCUGUUCUCUUUACGGCAAAAGUUUACUUGUAAUUAAGGAAGCGAAUUAAAAUAUUGAUCUCGUUUAUCUGGUAAUCGAUAGUCAGAAAAGAUACCAUUUGGGAUAAAGGUAUGGUUUCUUAUUGGAUAAAGGUAUGGUUUCGCAUUGAUUAAAGCAAGACUCGUUACAUAAACGUUAGCUGUAGAGAGUUACGAACCAAGUACCGUGCAUGAGUUAAGGGUGCAAAUAAGGUUCCAUUCUAAAUAGCAACCAUAUGCAGGAUGAGACAAGACUGACGGUAAGCCUGUAGGUCCUGUACUUUAUAUUGUAAGGUUAAUUUUUCAGCUGCCGUAUUAAGUAGUUACAUUAGCCUUGGUGCAAAAAUGUUUUCUUUCCAUAAGACAGCAAUAAUUUGUAAGCAUCACUGUGGGACGUGUGAAGGUUUUUUUCUAAAACAAACAAAAAACAUACAUAAGCCUGUAGUCAACUUGAAUGUUAAAACUAUUCCUGUCUUAAUUGAGAUCAAAAUGGCAGUAUCAUAAUUGGUCUGAAAGCUUCUAAGAACUUAAGUAAAAUAUUUUAGGGUGUUUUUUGUUUGUUUGUUUGUUUCUAAGACGCAUCUUCAACAGCGUUGGGAGCUGUGUCUGCUCCUAUAUCACGAUUUGAAUACGUCAACUCUUAGGACAUAUUGCAACAUCGUCAAAAUGAAAGCAAGGAGUGUGAUGAUCUUGUUUUGCAGAUGCCAUUAACUUAGAUGAAAUCGCCAAGAAACUGGUGUCUGGAAACUCCCAUCUCUUUCAUCUCCUGCAAAACUAAUCAUUCAGAUAGUCUAUAGCCAAGUUCUGGGUUUCUGCUCCAGUAAUACUUUAUUUGAUCUGUGUUGGGCUCCUUAGUCACGCAAUCCUAUGCAGAGUUACUCCGCUCUAAACCCAUCUAAAUAGACGGGCCCAGAUUGGAGCAGCCGCAUAGAGUUGUACUGUUAAUUUCAAUAAAGCCCUUUGGAAGAGUAGUUCAUGAGCGUGGAACAGAGAGUGAGCAAACGACUAUGAAUGUAACUUCUAGGUUUCGUUCUUCAAGGGCAGGCGUCUUCUUCUUUUGCCAUAUCGCAGCUUUCACAUAUGUCUGUUUUUUAGUUGUUACAUGGUCGGGUGGGGAAACGAUUGUGAAUUCAGGUUAGCAUAAAAAUGGUUUCAAUCAAGUAUUAAUACUGGGUGCAUAAAUAUAAAGCAGCUGGUUCUUAUUCAGCCUUAAGGAUUAAAUUCAGAUUUCCUCGAGGAGUAAAACUCAUCUGAGGGACUUUAGGAAUGUAUUGCUACAAAACCAGAAGAAAAUUGCUUUUUUUCUAAAGGGUAUAAGUUUAAAAUUGGGGCAUUAUGCUACACUUCUACAGUGUUGAUUUUGCUAUUAAAAUUGUCGACUCUAGAGCUUGUACCAAAGAUGUUUAACAGGGGUAAAAGUAAUGAGGCAUUCGCUUCUUCAAACUGAAUUCUUAGCAUCGCAUAACAGAAAAAUAACUUGGGCUCGGGUUCUGAAUAUGCUUUUAUGGUAGUUCCUUAUACAUUUUUGUAAUUUUCCAAAUCUGACGGGAAUGUUUACUUAAAAUUAGAAUCAGAGCAACGAAAUUAAAUUAAUUGUAAGAAAUACAGCAGUUGUUCGGAAAUAGCUCUGCUAAACGUUUUUUUUAAAAAAAUUUAAAAAAAAGGAUUGAACAAAAUUGAUACAUUCUAGCGGUGUUUAAAAACUAACUUUCUUCCAGGCAACAUUGAUAAAGAGUGGUGAUACAAAACAAAAGGUCUGUAAGCAGUUAACCGUUUUCUUCUGGAAUAACUAAAGCCAAGCACAAAGUAGUUGCCUAAACUGGAAAACUUGAAGAUCUGUUAAUGGUUCUCAAACUUUGUUGUAAAUCUCAAUUGCAGUGAAAACAUGGCUGGUUUUACCUUUGGUGUUGAAUUUAUUGUAUUCUUUUCAAUAAACCAGGGGCAGAAUCAAAUCAUCAUACAA